UCAUCUCCUCAGCCUUCUCCUGCCCCUCCACAAGUAAAAGAAUGAAGAUUCCAUGGCAGUUGAAACUGUCCAGGAAAUGGCUGUGCAAACACUGAAAUUGUGGGACAGCUCUGAGGAAAGAAGGAGCUGUGAAGGAGUUCAUUAACGGAAUUCUCUUUGUAGAAGGAGGCAGAUCUUCUAAUUGCCACGGGUUUGUGGGACACAGAGGCCUUCAUUGUUUCCAUCUCUUUCCAGAGGUGCUCAGGAAAUUCUUAAUUUUAGCCGCAAUGCCUCCCGUCAGCAUCUUCCAGUGGCUCCGUAUGAAGUUAUACCACAGAGCUACCACUACCACCUCCACCUGCCUCAGUUUCGUGCUCCUCGUGGUCUCCCUGCUGAGCCCCACGUGGCUGGAAAUGAUCACGCCAAAAGCUGACAUGAGUCUUAACCCGGUGGUCCACAAACUCUGCAUCAAUGCGGCCUGCAGUCAACUGGAUGGGAGCAGUGAUGUCUUCAAAGCUUCUAGAAUCCUUUUGAUCCUCACAACCCUUGCAGGCUUCAUUGCAGCUUUCUCCCUCCUUAUCUCCUGCCGUUGUACGAGAUGUUAUGGGCGACCGCUCAAUAUGCUGGUGUCUUCAGCAGCAAGCUUUGCCACAGGAGUCUUAGGAUUUGUCGCGAUGACUUUAUACACAGUGGAUUCUACCCAGAAAGAGUUGAGCUCCAUCGAUAGCCUCCAUUUCACAUGGAGCUUCUGUCUCGCCUGGAUGGUCUUCUGUCUCUUCAUCAUAAAUGGCUUCUUUAGCCUGUUGACGUAUCUCCUCUCCCCAGCACCUGGGGUCCAUAGUCACACCAGUCCAUUCUUCUUGGGAGGAAGAAGACAGCAAUCCGCGUCUGGAGAUCACACUCCUUUGAGAUUGUCUGUCCUUCCAGGUCAGGAAGCAGCUGCCACCCCAGUGAGCAACCUCUUCCCAGACCCCUCGAUCUGUUUUAGCUCCACGAUCAUCUGA